GCAUCUUUAGGUGAGGGUAUGCGAAUUUGCCCCUUGGCCGUUCAUCUCAAGUAUAAAUUAGAUUGUGACCUGGCUCAUCUACAGUGUUUUAGUGACCACCAACGGCAUAAUCAUGAACUCUUUGAUAAUCUUUACGGCGAUCCUCGCCUGUGCCCUGGCCCAAAGAGGGGCUUACCGGCAGCCUCAACCCGGCCAACCCAUCGCCAUCCUAAGACAAUCGCAGGAUGUAAACUUCGAUGGUUCAUAUCAAUGGAGUUACGAAACUGAAAACGGUAUUGCAGCUCAAGAACAAGGUGUGUUGAAAAAUGCUAAUGGUCCAGAACCCGCCGAAGAAGCUCAAGGCUCUUUCCAAUACACGGCCCCUGACGGAACUCCAAUUUCCCUUCAAUACAUCGCCAACGAAAAUGGUUUCCAACCCCAAGGAGCCCAUCUCCCGGUCCCUCCACCCAUUCCGCCUCAGAUCCAAAGGGCUUUGGAAUGGAUCGCGGCCCAUCCAGAACCAGAAGAAGGUACCAGAGGCUUUAGGAGACAAUAAUUAAGUGGCUGACUUUGUACAAUAUUUAUUGCUAUGGCGUGUGAUUUUUAUUAUAACAAAACAUAGAUUCGAUUACGAAUUAGCAAGUUAAUAAAUUGUUAAAUUAACAAAA